AUGGAGGGGUCUUCCAAGUGUGAGCCAGCUGCCAAGCACCUGGAGGGAGCCCAUCCAAAGACGAGCGGCUCCUCUUUGCGGGAAAGGAGGGCUGCUCUUCCCGACACAUCGACCAGCAGCCGUGAUGUCGGCAAAUGGCGAAGCCCCCGUGGUGGCGACGGUAGCAGCUUUGAUGAGGAGGUACCUCUGGACUAA